AUGGAUAAAAAUAUACUUCGUUCACGUCAAAAAGUAGCAAGAUAUAUUUUUUGGACAAUUUUUUUUGGCAUUGGUCCAAUGGUUAUGUUUUUUCCCAUGGUGAAAUUAGCUAUUCAUGGUUAUGAAGUAUUAAUACUUAGUUUAGCAAGUCCAAUUAUACUUUGGCCUUCAUUAGUGAAUAAUAUUGCACAACACAAUCCUAUGUGGCAAUUACUCCCAUCAAUAUCAUUUAAUUUAUCUUCAACAAAAUCUACACUUGAAAUCAAUCCAUUACGUUCAGUAUCACGUGAAAAUAUUUUACAACCAAAUUGGUUAUUAGUUGGUAUUGGAUUUGUUGUUAGUCGAUGGGCUUCGAAUGAUUUUCCAAAUCAACCACUCGAUCCAAUACCUUAUGGUCUUCUCAUAUGGUUUGGUUUAUUUUCUGGUAUUGUAAUAAUCAAUCGUCUUAGUAUAGUAACAAAUCGAUGGUGGGUAUCAGUAGGUUUUCUUGGUUCUGGUUUGUUAUAUUUCAGUCGUGGAAAUGUUUCAUUUAUGGGUGGUUUUGCUCUAAGUAUAUUUAUUGAAUCAAUACUUCCAUUAUUAUUUGAUAAAAUAGCUCGUGGUCUUUCAGCACAUAUUGUUUUUAUUGCUACUUUUGCAUAUAUUAUUCAAGUUAUUUAUGCUGUUUAG